AUGGCGCCCAUCUUCAUGGUGUCCGCGCCCGCCAAGGCCAUCGUCUUCGGUGAACAUGCGGCGGUGUACCACAAGCCGGCCAUCGCCGCCGCCGUUUCGCUGCGGUCGUACCUCCUGGUCCGGACGCUGUCCAAGUCCCAGCGCACUGUCACCUUGAACUUCAAAGACAUCGGACUCCACCACACCUGGCCCAUUGACGUCCUUCCGUGGUCCCGUUUCAGCCACCCUGCGAAGAAAAUGCUCUACCACGAUCGUGUCGACGCCCUCGACCCAGACUUGCUCGACGCCAUCCGACCGCACGCAGAGGCCGUGUCCCACGAUCUUGCCGAGGAGCAGCGCAAGGCCCACGUACGGUCUGCCACCGCGUUCCUCUACCUCUUCCUUUCCCUGGGCGCCCCCCACAGCCCCGGCUUCUCGUAUACGCUCCGGUCGACGAUCCCCGUUGGCGGCGGCCUGGGCAGCAGUGCCAGCUUCUGCGUCUGUUUGAGCACGGCGCUGCUGCUGCAGAUGCGCGCCUUGGCCGGCCCGCAUCCCGACCAACCCGCCAACGAAGCCGAGGAACAAAUCGAGCGCAUCAACCGCUGGGCUUUUGUGGGCGAACUUUGCAUCCAUGGAGAUCCCAGUGGCGUGGACAACACAGUCUCGUCCCGCGGCAAAGCCGUGCGGUUCUGCAAACACCCCGCGGGGCGUUCGCCUUCCGUCACGCCGCUCGCCCACUUCCCAAAGCUGCGGCUGCUCCUUGUCGACACCAAACACCCGCGCUCCACCGCCGCACAGGUGGACAAAGUGCGGCAGAUGAAAACGACGCGGCCGGCCGUCGUCGAGCCCGCCUUGGACGCCAUCGGCCAGCUCACCACGUCGGCCCUGGCGCUGGUCUCGUCGCCGGGCACCUUCCAGGACGACAGCACAGGAGGAGACGCCAUGCACCAGCUGGGGUCGCUGAUGCGCGCCAACCACGCCCUGCUCGACGCGCUCGGCGUGUCCCACCCGCGCCUCGAGCGCGUCUGCAAGCUGGCCAACGAUGCAGACGUGGGCUGGACCAAGCUCACAGGAGCCGGUGGUGGAGGAUGCACCAUUACUGUUCUGCGGCCCGACGUCAAAGAGGAAGCGGUGCGCGGGCUCGAGCGGGCGUGCGCGGCGGAGGGGUUUGCGACGUACGAGGCCAUUUUAGGCGCCAACGGCGUGGGUGUGCUUUGGCCUGCUGUCUUUGGCAGCGGUCCUGAUGGGGAAAAGGGCGAAGAGAUUGAUCAGGAGCGGUUCGAGAGCGCCGUCGGCGCGCGCGGCAUCGAGGAGCUGGUCGGCGUGGGCGCGUGGGAAGACCGGCAAGGAUGGAAAUUUUGGAUGUGA